AUCCAUCAGACCUAUAACAGGGUGGUAACCAUCCACAACACCCACCGGCUGCUGGUAGAGCACAACGUCAUCUACAACAUCAUGGGUGGGGCUUUCUUUAUUGAGGAUGGCAUUGAAGCAGAGAACAUCCUUCAGUACAACCUGGCCGUCUUUGUCAGGCAAAGCACCAGCCUGCUGAAUGAUGACAUCACUCCUGCCGCUUAAUGGGUCACCAAUCCCAACAACAUAAUUCGGCACAAUGCCGCUGCAGGGGGCACCCACUUUGGCUUCUGGUACCGCAUGCAUGAACACCCAGACGGCCCAUCCUUUGACCCAAACAUCUGCCAGAACAGGGUUCCUCUGGGGGAGUUUUACAAUAACACCAUCCAUUCCCAGGGUUGGUUUGGCCUCUGGAUCUUCCAAGACUACUUUCCUAUGAAGAACGGUGGUUGCAACUCCGGAACUCCUGAGCCUGCUGUGUUCCGCUCUCUCACCACUUGGAACUGUGUAAAAAGGUGCUGAAUGGGUCAACGUGGGUGCUGUGCAGUUCAACAGCUUCAUUAUGGUCAACAACGAGAAUGCUGGCAUUGAAGCUAAACGCAUCAUGCAAUGGGCUGUGAGUGGGUUUGGGGAGGAUGGAGGACCUGCCGUGGUCAACAGUGUGAUCGUAAGCUAUGUGGACGAGCUUGGCCUGGGAAACGAGUACUGCACACACCAUGAUGUCAUUGCUCCUUUUGAUGAUGGCCUGAGUGUUCUUAACACCACAUUCAUCAACUUUGACCGCAGCUCCUGUGCAGCAUUUGGGGUAACCAGCAUUGAUGGGACAUGUGGUGUACUGUGCGGGGGCUGGGCAGUUAGGUUUCGCGAUAUCCACUACUUCAAAUCCCCAAACAAGGCUGGCUUCAGGUGGGAACACAAGGUGCAAUUGGUGGACACAGAUGGUUCCCUCACAGGAAAUAUUAGCAAUAAGGUGGUACCAAGAAGUGGCUUGCAUGACCCGGCUCACUGUCACCAGAGUACUGAGUGGAGUGUGGGCUUCCCUGGUACUGCGUGCGACCACACCGUUACUUUCCAUCGUCUGGCAUUCAACAAUCCCAGUCCUUCCUCUCUGAGAGCUAAGGAUUUCAUCUUGACCAACUCGUAUGGUUCCAGUAUGAUUCCUUAUCUGAAGAAGAGAAUCACUCAUCCAUUUGGCUGGAUGGCCCAACUGCCCUCAAAUCAAACAUACAAAGGGUACUUCAAAGACAUGGACCACAUAACCAACAUCACCUAUAAUGCAAAGUUCUACGGCUUCAAGGUACAUCCAGUCUCCUCCCCUUGUUUAGACAAUCAUGUUUUCAACUUCAACCAGCUCUUGUCUAAAUAUUAAUUCAUUUC